AUGGCAUACAGAAGAUCCCAAAACGCAACCAAGGCGACAUCAUUCCCUCAGUUUAGGAGGCUUCCGGUGGAACUGCAGAUUAUGAUAUGGGAAGAAGCCUUCUAUCUCUCUGCCCCGACGCAACAAGUCAUCGAGGGCUACGUACAGGAUGACCGUAUGGCCGCAUACGCCUGCCAGAUGGUACUGGCCGCCGCACACGCAGCCAUAGCGGCUGUCAGUGGCAGCAGGUUUGAUGAAGGUGACAUACCAUCAGACUGUAGACGGCCUCGCCUCAUGGUAUUUCCAGCUGCGACGCGGCAGAGCCCUCUCCCGGCCCUGGCCUCUGUCUGUCAUAACUCACGCAGUGUCGUCUUGAAGCUGGGACGGGGACUCACCUCCAUCAUAGUCAAGGGCGAAGGACAAGGAGUUUCGAAACAAGUCUGGUUCGAUUUCUCCUCUGAUAUCGUCUAUUUCCCCAAUUUAUCUGCGGAAAUCAGCAAUUCCGGUAAUUGGGUUUCCCCUGACAACUGGGAGUAUCGCCGGCGCAUCAAACAUCUCGCUGUUGAGUGGUCUUUCUUCCACCGCCUAACGCAUUCUUUAUACGAAGACUACCGGGUGCACUGGCUCGAUGUUUUCUCUGAUCUGUACGUGUCUUUUCCUGGCCUAACGGACUUAUACAUCUUUGUUCCUGCCGUCCGUCUGGCCGAGGUUCCUCGCAGCUCAAUGGAAGAAGAUUCAUCGGACAGAGAAGAGCUAUGGGAUCAUUUUGAAGAACCACAGGAAUGUGAUGGUCUACCUAUUGUGCUGAAACCUAUACCUGGCGGACAAACGGUGCGGCUCGCCAGGUGUAGUUGCCCCGAACGACCAAGGAAUUGGGAUGAGACGAUAGUCGAGAUUGAGAUAGCUCUCAGGUCCCAAUGGUUGAAGGAGAGCAUUCAGGAAGAUCUUGGCCCUGAGGCGGCACCGAACUUUCCUCCGCGGAUACAUGAAAGAAUAUUUCUGCGGAAGGGCCUGGAUGUAGAUGCUCUUCGCCAGAAGAAGCCUGCGUUAGGUUUGAAGGUCGUGGUAGACAAGGACUCUUCUUCGAAAGAACAAAGAUAG